GAACCCUCUUUUUACUUUUUUUGCAUUAAAACGCUCAGGAUUUCAACAGUUCAUUCCGCAAGCGCCACCAUCACCAUGCCAGACGAGUAUGCAGUCAAGAAAUCUAAACUUACCUUCAAAGGCGAUAGUACGAAAACGAAAAAGAAAAAGAGAAAAGCAGAAGACGAUGCCAAGGAUGAAGAUAAAAACACCGAUGCCGAUGGUUGGGUCCCUGUCAAGUCUUUGAACGAUCUUGGUGGUCCUAUCUUCUUGACAUUUUCAUCAGACCCGCCUUCAUGUCUCGCGAUCGAUGGCAAUACCUCUAAAGUUAUCAUGAGGCCACUUGAAGCAUCACAACCAGAAACUGAAGAUGAUGGAGACGCACCAGGGCCUCCCGCAAAGCCUAUUUCUUUUGAAUCUGCAGAACCGACUGCUGUCAAUCAAGUUUUCGUAGUGACUAUGAUUCCGGAUUCGGAUAGAUUGACGCUUAAAACAUACAACGGUAAAUACCUCAGUUCUGACAAAUUUGGGAUUGUUACUGCGGAUGCGGAGGCAAUUGGAAUUCAAGAAGAAUGGACGGUGCUUAUUAAAGCGGAUGAAGAAGAAGGCGGGAUUUGUCUUCAGAGUCACUAUGGCAAAUUCCUCAGUGUGGAUGAGGUCGCAGCAAUGGAGAGCCAAGGCCGUGGUGGUGGAAAUGGCAGUGGAUUAGGAUAUCAGAUCAGAGCUGAUUCGGAUGCGAUAGGGUUCUGCGAACUCUUCCAAGCUAAGAUUCAGGCAAGAUAUCGAAAGAAGGCGAAGAAAUCCAAUGAGAUGAAGAUCUCAGCAAAAGAUUAUGAAUUAGAACAAAGUCGUAAGUUCCAGACAUGGAACCAUGGUCGCGUAAUAGUUUCGAACGAGAGCUUGAAAGAACUAAAUAAGGCCAAGAAGGAAGGUCGUUUUUCGGAAGCUUUACUCGACCGCAGAGAAAAACUCAAAUCAGAUCGUUACUGCAAAUAA